AUGCCUUCGAACAUCCUGGGCAUCAAGGACACUGUUCCUCGCGAUGACGAGCUCAAGGCUAGAACGCCCAUCAAGUCCCCAGCACUGAAACGCAAGAAAUCCACAUGUCCACUCAGUCCUGAAGAAGCCGAGAGGAAACGGGAGCUUAAAGAAGCUCUAGAGCAGAGACGUGCCGAGAAAAAUAGCAGAAUAGUUGUCGGUAUCGAUUUCGGGACCACGUUUUCAGGUGCUGCAUAUGGCAGCACGACGAAGUCAUGGAACGACGUGGUUGUCAUUUCAAGAUGGCCAGGAGAACGAAACGACAUUCUUGAAAAGGUCCCCACUCGUUUGGCCUAUGGUAUCGAAAAUCAGUCUUCCACCGACAAGUGGGGAUAUGAUGUUGGAAGCGGCCAGAAUACAUGCCAGUGGUUCAAACUGUUACUAGACGGAGCCUUGAACAAGACCGACUUCGAUGACCCAUUGCUGGAGAGAAGCAUGGGAAGCAGUCUGAUGCACUUACCUGAGGACAAGACUGCCAUGGAAGUUGCAUCGGACUUUCUGAGCAAGCUGUAUUGCCAUGUCAUGGACUCGAUCCAACAAGUCAUUGGGAGAGUAGCGGUCGAGAAGACUGCAAUUCGCUUCGUGGUCACUACUCCAGCAACAUGGAGUCUGGCAGCGCGCCAAGCGACUCGUGAGGCAGCCGAAGACGCUGACAUUGGCAGUCGUGAUCGCGAUGACAUCGUCAUGAUUGACGAACCUGAGGCGGCAGCGAUUUACGCCAUCAAAUCAACGAUGUCUGCAUUCGACGCUAGACCUUUCCUUCCAAAUACUUGCAUCAUGGUGGUGGACAUGGGUGGCGGUACUUGCGAUCUGUCGACUUACCGCCUGGUCAGAAUUGAUCCCCUGCAAAUUGAAGAGGCCUGUGUCGGCCAAGGGGGGAAAUGUGGGGGAACCUGGAUCGACCGGAACCUGAAUAAGCUUCUUGAAGAACGAUUCGGUCGUGCAUUCAGUGAGCUUCCUCUGAGCAAGACUGGAGCAGGCAGUCGCUUCAUGGCAGCUUUCGAAAGCGUCAAAAGAAACUUCAGCAAUGAAGUCGACGCCGAAAAGGUGUUCGAGCUGCCAUUGAAGAUGCGAAAGCUCGACGAAGACGAUCCGGUCGUCGCGGCGUCCUAUGACUUUGAUGAAGAUAUGGUGAAGAUCACGGCAGCAGAUGUGGAAGACAUGUUCGAGCCAGUGGUGACAACCACGUUUGACUUGGUCGACAAGCAGCUCAGCAGGACCAAGGAAGCCAAAAUGCCUCCUGUUCGAGCAAUGGUACUUUGCGGGGGGGUGGGAUCAUCGCCCUAUGUAAGGCAUAGGUUCGAAAAGUACAUCGACGAGAAUCUCAAAAGCAAGGUCGAGCUUGUGAGCCCGCAGAGGCCGUGGUCCGCCAUAGUUAGAGGAGCAGUGAUUGCGAAUCUUGAGAAGUCACCAGUUUCCUUCCGACGCUGCUGUGAUAGCAUCGGGUUUACCGUGCAUCAACAGUUCGACCCAUCGAAACACAACCCGGCUGACCAAUUUGAAUGCCCCGAGCUCGGUUUACGAGCUAGAAAUCAGAUGUGUUGGUCGGUUCUUCGGGGCGAGAAGGUGUCGACCAACCUAAAAAAACAGGUCAAAUGCUACCUCGUCAUCCAAGACCCCGAAGUGGUGAAGGAAGAACACCUGGUAUACCAGGAUGUUUAUGCAUGCGAUAAAAAACUGGCACCACAGCGUCUUGACACUUCUGUUCGGAGAAUCGGCAGGCUCAAAUUCGACUUGACAUCACUUGUCAAAAGUGAACAGAAUCGCAUCGACAACGACACGGGCGAGUAUCCGGCCAACUUCAACUUUGACGUCUGCCUCGAGAUGACGCUGGGCUCACAGAAAGGCACUCUGGAGCUGGCAGCCAAGUCGGGAAGAAAGAGACUGGGCAGUGUCACUAUCGAGUAUGAGAGCGACGCUGCAUACAAUAAUGGCGUCAAGGUGUCAGGAAAAUAA